CCAUGCAGUGUUCCUUGCAUGCUUGCUCGUGUAUCAAAGUCGUGUAUUUACCUCGGUUUGAAUAGACAUAUGAAAAAGAACAUUUCUAUCGUUAUAACUCUUUCGAUGUGAAUGAUGAUAUUCAUUGUGGGAUAUGAGGUUAGAAAUGUCCGACUCUGAGGGCGGUAAUUUAUCCGAAGAUGAAAAUGAAAUAUUGGUAUAUGUUGAAUUUGAAGGAUACGUUGACAGUAGCACUUUCAAAAAUGACAAACUCAAGCUUGACAUUGCUGGUAUCGACUCAGAUUGUCCAAUUAUGCAGAUCAACGGAAGGUUCUACGAAGGCACCUAUCAUGAUGCUGUCGGAACUUACAUGUUUUUUGAGAAGGAUGAAUCACCAACUGUAGAUGAUCCAGUAUUUGAUACACCUCCAACGCUAAAAUAUUUUGCAAAAACAAGAAAGCUGCUCAAAAUGGAAAGGGUGUUUGCUAUGCAAAGAACUGAAGUCUUGGGAGAUUCUGAUCACAAUUAUUGCAUCCCCAACAUGGAUACCAUCCGAGAAGCAGGUGUACCACCGAAGUAUCAAAAUGAUGCUCUGCAGUUCUGGGAAAAAAUGCGUAAUGAUAGGAUGCAAGCAUUAACUACAUAUUUAGAAAAGCAGCAGAUUCGGGAAGAAAAGCGAUUGCAGGGUAUUGAGCUUGAUUCUGAAUCUGAUGACGACAAUCCAUUUGCUAUGUAUAAACCAAAGAAGAGUAAAGACAUGCAAACUACAGCCCAAAAUGCGGAGUGGCAGUCAACCAAGUCAGAUAGAUUAGAAGACACUACCGAAUCAGAAGAUACAGACGUCACAAAUAUAUUAAACAAGAUAAUGGAACUAGACCCACAUCUAGGAGAGACUGAAAAUUGCUCAAAUAAACCUUUCCAGAAGUUGACAGUCAUAGAUCCUGGCCCGUCAACUUCCAAGCUUAUUGAUUCUGAUAAGCCCUUGUUGGCUGUUAAAAAAAAAAAGAAAACAUAUAAAGUUACAUCUAGAACACAUCAAACAGACGUAUUUAAAAAGCCAAAUAAAAGAGCUCCAAGAUCAAAGAAAUCUGUGAAUGUUUCUAUAUCAAGUCAAAAUACAGAUAAAAGUGGCCAACUUUAUUCUCCACAAUCCGAGGUAGAGUUGCUUGAUACUGGAGACCAACAAUCUCCACAAAUGCUAUCAAACACAAAUGAGAGUGAAAAAGAUCGUAUACCGCCCCAUGUAACGGGUACCAAUAUGAAGAACGUGUGUCUUGUAUCGCGAAGAUUGGAAAAACAAGCAAAACGUGAAGCUAAAAUGAAAGAAAUUUCAGAAAGGCUUAAAACACAUAAAGAAGAAUUAUUAAAAAUGAAGAAUUCCAAUAGAUCGCUUCCAAAUUCAGAGGCUAAAGAUUUAUAGCUUUGUAAUUUCAAAGUUCAAAAAUGAAAUUGUGAAGCCCGAGUUGGUUGUAUUAUGUAUUUCGGAAAUUAAAUUUGCUCUCUGUACUGAUACUCUUGAAGGUAUACGUUGAAUAAUUGAUAUCAAUAAUAUGGCUUGCACUGUUGUUACCGGUUGGUGGAGAGACUUCUCGAAUGAAGCUCAGUAUCAAACAACCGGCUCCUCUGAAAAUAUGUCAACAUUAACGUCACACCCUGCGCGCAUCAUAUUAGGAAGAAUAACGAUUGAACCAAUUUGUUCUCAAACCAGUUAGUAAUAUUAACAAUGGUGAACCCAUAUAUUUUUUUGUUUUCUGUAGUAUGCGAGAUAUAAAGUACAAAUUACAUCAUGUAAAAACACAAAUUGUAUAAAAGUAUAUCUAGGAAUAAUGAUAAUAUUAUUAAAUUAAUAAACAAAUGUAUGUUACAUCAAAA